GGGUUACCUCGCCGACUCGGAGGCACUAGACCGCAACACCAACUAUAUAAAGUGGUCCCCUCAGCCCUGUUCUUCGCAUUCAUCCACCAUCAUGGACGAAUCGUAUGAACCACCAAGGCUGUUUCCAGUCAGUGCCAGUCAAUCUAUACAGCCCUUCAAGCAGAAGAUAGACAAGGGGAAAGGAGUCGAUCGUGGCGAUAGCAGUUUUCGUUUUGCCCAGGGCUCAUAUUCCCGUGCAUCUACACCAUCGAUCAUGAUCGACGAGAUGGACGAUGAUGAGCCCUUGGCAUCACAAGCACCCCCAGCGUUGAAAGGUGACGCGGCAGACUCUAUCUGCAUGUCCGAGGAUUCGGACGACUUCUAUCAUUCAGUAAGAUCAGGUGAUGCAGAAGACUUCAUGGACGUAGAAGAUUCCUCUCCGCAUAAUGAUGCUCGUGACCUUGCCCAGUCGAUUAAUGGGAUGUAUCGGGUGCUGGAUUUGAUUAACGAAGAAGGGAGUGGCGGGCUAGUGGACAAAGUUAUCAUAGCGCAAGAUUCACUCCGUGCAUUCAUCAACAGUGUUUGCCCAGGCACAUAUGUGUCUAUGACGAAAGUAAACUUCAACGCUCUAGACCGCUUCAUCGUGAAGCCUAUUGGCGUGUACGGAAGUAAGAGUGAAAUUGUACGACUCCUGUCGUCCCUGGGUGUUGUCGAUGAAGAAAUCGCGAAACAACUCAUCACGAACCAAAGUGACUCCAACGUUUCAAUGCCGAGUCUUCGUUCUGGGCUGUACAUCGUCCGAGCAGUUUGCGAGGCUACACCUGACCAACAGCUUUUCCUCAUCUACUGGCCGGAGGAUUCGACAUGGGAUGACUCAGCUCCUUCGUCUGUGAGACGCAACCGCGUGACCUUUAUGAGAUACCUUACGAAAAUGUGUGAUCAAGUCACAGCACUCAUUUCCCAAGAGCAUGCUCAAUCUAUCGUAUGGAAUUCCCAGGAAGGCGAAGACAUCGUCAUGGAUCUGGACGAAGACCACGAUGAGUCCAGUAGGCUGUUCACUUUUGAAGUCGCGAAAACAAAUGAGCAGGAGGAGGCAGUAAAGCCGCGCCCGGGAUUCAAGGCUAUAUCCAAGCAUAUAGUCAUGCCCCAGCCUCACCCAGAGGCACCGGUGGACGUCAAAGUGCUUAAGCCUGAGUUGUUGCAUGGUGAAACGACUCAAGGGUUCAUGACCGUCGCAUUUCAACCGGGCAGGCUCAAUGCCGAAUCCAUGAAAAAUCAAUCGUUAACUAGCAUCCAGUUAAGCAAUUACCUAAAGAAUGAUGCCUUACUGAUCAGCAAGGGCCUGGAUCCAGAUGCCCUGAGUAUUCUGCUAUACAGUGGCAUCCAGGAUCGUUUCCGACAACAGAGUGAACAGUUUCGGCAGCAAUCCGCGACUAUCUUAUCGAAUACCAGGUCCAACAAGGAGUCAGAGACAAUGAGGGUUACAAAGGACUUGAAGAGGGGGGAGCCUUCUCUGACUAAGGUCUUUCAUCAGGCCUUAGUCGAUGCUAUCAUCGAGAAAUUUCCUAUCUUCACUCACGAAUCUUUCCCAUGUCCUACAGAACGCGAGCAGGGCGGCAUGUCGACUCUAGAUUCAGGUGUGGCUGAUAUUCCAAUUGGUACCGACUCUUCUACCCCCGCUGUCAAUCCCUCUCCGGAUCCCACCGGACAGGAACAGGAACGUCAUUCAGUGCGAAAUGACCUUAACACUCUCAUUGCCUUAUAUCCAGACAUAGGUGAAGAGCUUCGUCGCAAAGAGCAUUCGGAGAAAAUCAACGCGCGAAAUUUCAAGGACUGCAAAGAACGGAUCUGCAUUGCGCGGAAUGUCCUUGGUAACUCUGCUGACAUGCCGAAGGAAUCCCGUGAAAGUUUCAUCAAUAUCAUUCUCCGCGAGGACAUGUCACACGUUAAGGAAACCUUGAAAUCGAUCAGCAAAGGAAACGUUCCGCAUGAGAAGCCCAGAGGAAUAGUGUCCACUGUCUGGAGUAAAUUCACUUCGAUCGUCUUACCUGACCUGGAUUUGCAUAUCUUCGGUAAGACGUUAAAGGAGGCAGAUGCUGAUUCUAUCAGCGACGCUCAGUUCCUCACGGAGUUGGAUAAUGCCGAAAUACCCCCUAUCUUGCGAAAAAUCGUAGAAGACACUAAGGCAGCUGCUCUGGAUCACUUUAGAUCAAACUUGACGAAGCAGACCCGAUUUUUAGUGCAUUUUGCGCUGCGCAUACAAACCGAACAAUGCUCACUUCAGGUUCAGAGAGAAGCUGCCAGCCAUGAAGAGGAGCAACUUACUGAGUUGCGGAGGUCGUUCAUCCAUGAAAUCAACGAUCUUUCGCAAACAGGAUAUCAUGCGUACACCUUCGUUAUUGAUUCCGUCGAGAAGACACGAAAAUAUUACUCAUCAGAUAUAUUCAUCUCUGGCCAAAGGGAAUAUUUCCAGGAUCCUGUCUGUGAAUUCUCCGUCCAUCUCAUGCAGCUGAUGGAACACGACCAACAUUCAUUAAAAAUGGACCCUACCAUGAUUCCCUCGCCGAAAUUCAUUGGCAGGCACGUGUACUCUUUCAAGUUACCUCUCGGAGAUUCAGUCGCGAGAGCGCAACUUCUUUCAGGCGAUAAGAUCUUACUCGCAACGACUGAUCGGCAUGGGAACCUAAUGGUGUUCCUGGAAAGCCUCCACGCGAUCGAAGGCGCCUUGGCUCAGAGCCGCGGGAAAAAGCUGAAUCGCGAUAAAAUCGGCGAAUUUAUUCUCGCAUUUGACGAGUCGAAGCGAUUGCUCAGUGUCGUCGCUAGAGAGAAGCUUUUAUUGCACAUCUUUAUUCAUGACAACACCCGUGGUUUCCAGGCUUCUGGCAGCGCGAUCAACUUGACUCAGUGGUAUGGCGAAGGAGUCUCAAUCAUUCAUGCGUGCUUCAUCUGUGGUAGCGAAGAGCUACUGCUCGUUGAUUCAUUGGCACAAGCCAGAAUAUACUCCUUGACAACGAUGCAGUUUAGACCCGCAACACUUAAUCUCAUUCAGAUACCUAAGGCAGUUUACUCCACUCCAGAUGGUUCUUGUUUGAUUGCCGCUCACGUGUGUGGCUCUGGAUUGACCUUGACUGCCUAUCACUGGAGUACCUUCGGCUCGACAGAUGGCGUCCCGCUCGAAAUUCCAGAUCUUCCCUUGGAUCAACCGCUGCUAUUGACUUCUUUAAUAAAAAGGAGCAUCGUUCAUCUGGUUACGCUUGACAUCGACUCAAAUUCUUGUCGAUCAUUCGCUCUCGACAUCACUCGCAGGGUGACGGAGUUUACCUUUAAAGAGAAGGGCGGACGAGGAGGAGUUUCUCAGUCCGAGAACGCCACUGCACAUAACUGUCUCAUUGAUUGUCACGCCGACGUGUGGACUCGUUUCCCUGUUCUCCCUGCCGUUCAGCGGGAGACGAUCACGUCGUCCAGUAACAGAUGUCCGCGAACAUUGGUGUUCAUUACAAAUCGGGACCAUCAUAUGUUCUCACCGCACUUCCACGACCUUAUUUACAACUUUGAAAGGACGUCAAAGAAGCCAACGGGAACCAUCCUAAAAUCAAUGACCAUCUCUGCCAUCACAUAUUCCGAUUUUUCCAAUAGCCUCCUUAGAGCUGCCGACUGGAGCGUGUCGAAGUUCAGAGCCGGGGAAUGGUUGGUGGACAUCCUCUGCCUCAUUCCAAUUCACAUCGCAGUGACGAGAGAGAAUCGUUUCAUUCCACUCAAGGAUGGUGUAUAUUCAACCGAACUUGAGAAGUCCCUCCUUGGCGCAGAUGUUAACCGCAUUGUCAAUCACCUGUCUUUUGGUUGGUAUGAAUCUUUGUUCCAGUCGUACAUGGCGAAAAAGCCGGUCAAAGUUGUGUCGUCCAUGGGCGAACAAUCGGUGGGGAAGAGCUUUUCCUUGAACCAUCUUGUGGAUACGUCAUUCGCGGGAUCGGCCAUGCGUACGACAGAAGGGGUUUGGAUGUCAGUAACUCCGACCAAAGAUGCUCUUAUUGUUGCUUUGGAUUUUGAAGGUGUUCAUAGUAUUGAGCGUUCUGCUCAAGAAGAUACAUUGCUCGUGCUAUUCAAUACUGCGAUCUCUAACUUGGUGCUAUUCCGGAACAACUUCGCCUUGAGUCGAGACAUCACAGGCUUAUUCCAGUCGUUCCAAUCAAGCUCGACUGUGCUCGACCCAGCAUCUAACCCGAGUCUAUUUCAAUCAACGUUGGUGAUCAUCAUUAAAGAUGUCGUGGAUUCGGACAAAGCAGAAAUCACCCGAGAAUUCGCCCUCAAGUUUCAGCAGAUAGUUCAGGACGAACAAGAGGCCAACUUCAUUUCACGCCUCCACGCUGGGCAGUUGAAUAUCAUUCCUUGGCCGGUAAUCGAGUCGCAGGAAUUCUAUAAGCUGUUCCCAACUCUCAAACGUCGGUUGGACAAACAAAAAUUGACGCAUAAUACAGCAGGAGAAUUCCUCCAUGUUAUGAAGACCUUGAUGGCGAAACUGAAGGCAAAUGAUUGGGGCGCUCUAUCACAAUCGAUGGCCUCGCAUCGAGCACAACUUCUAUUAGAAAUGUUGCCAAAUGCUCUGGCGUUCGGACUGCAAGAAGUCAAUCCUGAUACGGAACCUUUGAAGAACUUGGAUGAUGAUGUCACGAUCGGGAUGCCCGAUACUCCGGCGGAGUUUUCAUUGGCAGGGGGGCCGCAAUCUUCUUCUCGCGAGACCGCUCUCCAAGUUCUGUCUCGUGCAUGGGAAGACUAUGGUUCUCGCCAUCACGUGCCGGAGGAUCUUUGGAUUGAGAAUUUGAUCGCUCACCUCGACAAUUUGGUCAAUUUACGCGUCGCACAUGUCCACGAGUGGAUAACGUCCAACGUCACUCGCUUCCAAAACGGGCAAGCAAGCAUCGACGAGCUCAUGAGAACGUUUGAAAGCGCGACAGUAGACCUGAAGAGCAACUUGCAGUUGUGCAAGAUGAAAUGUGGAACUUGCGAGCUGCUCUGCAUUCAGAGCAGAUUUCAUGACGAACAGCAUGACUGCCAGACGUCUCACGAAUGCAUACAUUCUUGCGAUUUCUGUGCGUCAUCGGGAGAAACGAAGCCUUGCACCAUGUCAGCGGGGCAUCCAGGCAACCACAUAUGUAUUGUAAAUGCGCAUCUUUGUGGUCAAGCCUGCAAAUUUUCCGGGAGACAGGGAUGUCUGGAUGAGUGUACGAAGGUGAUCGGUCAUACAGAAGACGACCAUCUGUGUGCUGCUAUUGUGCAUGCCUGCGGUCAGCCCUGCGAUCUGUCAAAGCUCAGGUUGGAUGACGGAUCCAGUCCCCCUUGCCGUGGUACUUGUGGUAUUCCAAGUGACGUGGAUCAUGACCAACACCUGUGCGAUGCUCGACUUUGCUCUUUCCCUUGCCAACUUUGCAAGAGACUCUGUGCGAAUACAGACCAUCUUCACGGUUUGGAAGACGGCGCUAUCCAUCUUUGCGGGGAGGAGCAUUCGUGUUCCGUGCAGUGCACUGCCGAGGGCAUCUGCGAGAUUGAGACUGCGCCACAAUCGAUCGAAGCGACGUUCACCGGAAGGCACGAGACGUUUCAGUACACGAAGUACUCGCAAGUGGCUAAACGACUUAGAUGUGCCAAGUCGAUACCACCAGGCCAGGUAGCCCAUACAGGUCGGCACAACCAUAGUUUGGAUCAAAGAGUGGUGCAUUUCUGCAGAGCAAAGUGUGAUCACUGUGGGUACUAUUGUACAUUGCCGCUCGGUCAUCCGCAGCAAGAGCAUGAAACGAGACACGGAUCCAUGUCCUCGUCACGAUGGGCAGUCGAUGGCCCAGAUGAUACGGGUCUCGAGGUCGAAGGCCGUCGCUUCUCGUCAAAUGAUGAGGGUGCACCGAUGAUGUGCAACCUCGUCUGUCAGGCGGUGGGCAGACACAUCCACAUUGACUACUGUCGCGCCUCGGAUGCUGCCGCUUGCACAGGGAAUAACGAGGUUCAGCAUAUCUCUAAGCGAAUACUGCCUAACCCGGAACGUGCCAAGGACUAUAUGACGCACAAUCUCUUCUGGCGGCGGGCCGGCUUCAAAGACCCCUAUUCUCGGGAGGAGCAAGCAAAUUUCGCCAAGUGUGACUCAAUGUGUAGCGGUCCCGAGCACACUGCUGCAGCCGGAAAUGCUGCUCAGCCAUCCUAUUGCUCCUUACCUUUGUUUCACCCACGGAUGGAUCCUAACAAUGCCCAAGUCGGUUUAGGAUACGUUUCCAAUGACGGACAUCUCUUCGCAUGCAGGAAUCCCGUGAUUAUGCAGCAAGCAUUCCAUGUAAUCUUUGUAGCUGAUAGGUGCGAGACAAUAUUUGCCUGGCUGCUAUUGCUGAUUAUUAGUAGAUCUGGCUCCAUGGCCUCUGGUGACAGACAUCCCCUCCCGAACACGCCUGCCUCGGACAGAAUCGUGCGACGCUCUAACAACCGCUUUGGUGCUGUGCUGUCUUCCCUAUAUAGCUUCUGGUCUGCCCGUGCUGUAGCAAUUGGUGGUCAACAAGCAGCCCGACGCGACUCAUACAGUGUUAUUCUGUUUGAUCAUUCCAUUGUGAAUGCCCUCGUACACGAUUUCGUCAGUUCUCCGGACCAAUUACUUGACGCCGUUUUGCGUUAUGAUGCCGAUGGAGGCACGAACUUUACUGCAGCAAUUCAGCGGGCUCAAUCGGUCAUGGAACAACAUUGGAGCACGGAAAGGAGCCCUGUAAUCAUAUUUUUGUCGGAUGGCGAGUGUCAUAUUGCGGAUCAAACUGUUCAAGAUUUGUGCCGCUCCGCGGUUCGUCUUGGCAAAGCUUUGUCUUUCCACGCAGUAUCAUUUGGUCCAGAUAGAGCUUCUACCUCCUUGCGACGAAUGACUCAAAUUGCACUUGACAUCCAGAACAACGCCCCAAGAGAUCCUUUGGCCCCACCGGCAGCAACAGUCGUGUCUUCAUAUACGCAGGCCUUAGACACGGUACAACUUGCCGAAACGUUCCUAGGAAUUGCAGAAUCGCUCAGGAAGCCGAGAGGGUCUCUCAUACAUUGAUUGAAGGAUACAUUGAACAUUCGACAGAAACGUUUGGAGGUGACGAGUUGAAAUAGUACUGGUGUAAUGUUAAUAUCAAUCAUGUUGAAUUGUCGUACAAAUGCGACACGUUGCGUGUCAUGCGAUUGCGUCAUUCAUCAAUGGUCCGAUCGCGAAACAAUUCAAGUAUAUAUCAGACUCCAUUGAUCAAGAGAACAAGAGAAUCCCAUCUA